AUGCGUAUCACCGUCAGUGUUAUCCGCCCCGAGCAGGAGGACUCCGACAUCAUCAACCUAGAAGUGGGCGGUGAUAUGUCAAUCGAGCUUCUAAAGGCCAUUGUCGAAAGCGAAACAGCUAUUCCACCGGAAGCCCAGCAGCUUGUAUACAAUAACCACCUCCUUCAGAUCCCCUCCCAAACCCUAGACCAAGUCGGCAUCACCGAAGGCGACAUGCUCGGCGUGCACGUCACCCUGCGCGCCCCUCAACCUCAAGCUACCCGCCCCGCGGCGUCCAGCCCCCUCGCCCCCAGACAAAAUACUCAACCCCGCCCCGGCAUGCCGGACCCCGAAACUAUCCGUCUACACAUUCUGGGCGAUCCCCGCGUGCGUGAGGCCGUCCGCAGACAGAAUCCGGAGUUGUCUGAAGCUGCGGACGAUGCUCAGCGCUUCCGUGAGGUCCUGGUUAGACAGCAGCAGCGUGAGGCGCAGCAGGAGGCACAGAAGGAAGCUCGUAUUGCAAUGCUCAAUGCCGACCCUUUUAACCCCGAUAACCAGAAGGAAAUUGAAGAGAUCAUUCGCCAGAAUGCUGUUACGGAGAAUCUACACAAUGCCAUGGAGCACCACCCGGAGUCUUUCGGCCGCGUCACAAUGCUCUACAUCCCCGUCGAAGUAAACGGCCACCGUCUAAACGCCUUUGUCGAUUCCGGUGCCCAGGUGACCAUCAUGUCCCCCGAGUGUGCAACAUCGUGUAACAUAAUGCGUCUGGUUGACCGUCGCUACGGCGGUAUCGCGAAGGGUGUAGGCACCGCUCCGAUCUUGGGCCGCGUUCACUCCGCCCAGAUCAAGAUCGGGGAGAUGUUCCUGCCCUGUUCCUUCACCGUCAUGGAAGGCAAGCAGAUCGACCUGCUCCUCGGUCUGGACAUGCUCCGUCGUCACCAGGCCUGUAUCGACCUCCGGCGUGGUGCCCUUGUCAUUCAGGAUCAGGCGGUUCCUUUCCUCGGCGAGGGCGAUAUCCCCAAGCACUUGACUGAAGAGUUCGAGGCUGAGCCUACGGUGAAAGGCGCCGAUGGCGCCGAGAUAGGGGCCCGCACUGGCGCAGUUACGCAUAAAGCGGAGAAUAACGCCGCUGCUAAUGCCACUGCUCCUCCAACGAAUGCCUCUGGCUCCGUUGCAUCAGGGUCACAACCGAGACAGGAUACUCAGCCUGCGCCGGGGUCACGGUGGCCGCAGGAUUCUAUUGCCAAGAUAACUGAGCUGGGAUUCUCGCGCGAGGAAGCUAUCCGGGCUUUAGAUAUGGCGCAUGGAGACUUGGAGCAUGCGAUCGGGUUCCUGAUUUGA